AUGAACCGGCCUGGGCGCACGGUCCCGGGCUCGCUGCUUUCCGCGCCCCUGCCGCUUACGGCGCUCCACCACCUCUAUGCCUGGGUGGACAGCGUGCCCUUCAGCCGCCCAAAGCGCCACCUGGCCCGGGACUUCAGCGACGGUGUGAUGAUUGCAGAGAUUGUGAAACAUUUUCAACCCAAACUUGUGGAAAUGCACAACUACAUUCCGACCAGUAACACCGAGCAAAAGCUGAGCAACUGGAGCACUCUGAACAGGAAAGUGUUCCCUAAACUACGCUUCUGUGUCUCAGAGGAGGACAUUAGGAAGGUCGUCAUCAGUGCCCCGGGGGCCAUUGAGUCUGUGCUGUCUACGUUGAGGCAGAAAGUGGAAGAAAAAUGCCAAAGGAAGGCCAUCCAAGAGGCCAGGAUGAACACAAAGGACCCCAUUGGAUUUGACAGCAUCAACAUCAACAGACACUUGGCAGAGCUGGAAAACUGCAAAUCUGCCGAAUCCCUGACUACCAGGGUACCCUUGGGCAAGGAGACAAUUCCUAGUCAGAAAGGGGAGGAGAGAGGCAGCGACCACUCUGAGAGACAGGACUCAAACUUCAGCCAGUGCCCACACAAUGAGCCCGACUUCCAGCAGCUCCUAGAGCAGAAAGAGCAGGCUCUCAUCAUGCUACAGGAGACGGUGCAGAUUCUACAGAUGAAAGUGCAUAGGCUUGAACACCUGGUGCAGCUGAAGGACAUGAGGAUCGAAGACCUGACCAGACACCUGAACACCCCCAAAUAAGGGAGACACAGGCCCCAUGGCACCUGCCUCCUGGGGUCAGAUCCUGCUGCUGAAAAGUAACCGCCCCUCCUCACUCUGUGGCCUGGGAAGAACUGAGGGGAUCUGGACGUCAGCAGCACACCUUCUCCUCCAGGGGACUGACUGCCAUAGUUUGCCUCCUCCCUCCUUCUCCUUCCCUCCCUCCUUCCUUCCUUCUUUCCUUCCUCCCUCCCUUCCUUCCUU